AAUUAGCAAGUUGCACCUUCUCUCUCAGGAUUGUUUUCUAUAUGUAUCAUCAUUGGCUAUUGCUCCCACCCUCUUAGUCCCUCACUGCCACCUCCCACUCCCUUACUGCCACCUCUCAUGGACUCUCGACGUCACCGUCAGCGCUUACCGCAGCAGGAGUCAUCGCGCCCUUGAGUCCUCGCCGUCUUCCAGUGUUUGCCAUCUUCGUCGUCUUCGCAUCGGAGCGUCGUCUUGUCAUCGCAUCUUCGCCGAUCUUACUGGUCUUCGCCGGUCAGUUGCUCUUUCGUCGAUGGCAAAUAAGGUAGGUCAAAGAAGCUUAUUACUGAAGCUUAGGUAUCCUGAGAUUUGCAUGGAAUUCAAGUCAAUUGAGCCAGAUGGAUGUUAUUUUGGUCGAUGCAGGCAAAGCCGAAGGGAAUUUCGUGAUGUAUAUGAAACACGACAUAUUGGUUGCGAUCAAGCUCGAUCACUUGUUGGUUUGACGGAUUUCUUCUACUUCGGUGAGGUUACAAAGAAGAAGGACUUUUUGCUUGAUUUUUAUACAAACCUUGAUAAAAAUGAUGCAUAUGGUGCACAAGAUCCUCGAGGGAGGAAACAUGAGAAUCGAGUUGAGCAAAGAACUGCAGAGACAUGCGAAAGUGGAAGCCUAGGUAAUCUAUGACAGGGAAAGUGAAAGAUCAAGAGGCUUUGGAUUUGUGACUUACAACAGCCUUGAAGAGGUCAACAGUGCUAUUGAGUCUUUAGAUGGCGCGGUGAGCAUGCAAAUCUACUCCUAGUAUUCCAUUUGCUAAUCACAAAUAACAAUUUAAUGAGUUUGAACUUGUCCAUUUGUAUAUGUUACAUCAUAUCAUUGUUUGAUUAUUUUGUAUUAGUUAUUUAUUCUUUUGUUCUUGAAAACAUAUGAAGAAGCUAAUAUUUCUGCAUUUUCUUAUUGCGACAUGUAUAUACUUUUCUUAUGUUGUUCUGUGGAAUCAUGAGCAUCCCCUGACAUAUGAUUUCCACAACUAUAUGCUUCGAAGCAUGGAUAAUGAAUUUCGUGACAUUGUUGGUGUUAGUGACAACAUUGGUGAAACUAAAGAUGGAACAGGUGGACAUGUUCUUUGUGCAAUUGAUAUGCCAAGUUUUAGAUGUUGUUUGUAUUUUUCUUUUUUUUUUAAAUUUUCAAUGUGCAAUGAGAAAUUGAGAUGUGUAAUGUAUAAUGAAUUUUAUAGAAGGAGAAUCACAUUUGUAUAGCCAGAUUAAAACUUCUCUAAAGAAGUUAGUUAAUACUUACUUUUACAUGAUAUUUACUUUUAGAUGAUA